AGCACAGCUUUAGGUGUAAGACAAGAGCAAAGCAAGUUUGUAACUGAAAAAAAAGCCUGUGAAGUCGGUUUGUAAAAUGGCUGCGAAACAAGAGGUUGAUGUUCUCUUGUACAAGCUGUCUAAAGCGGGAGAUAGCAACAUACCAACUCUACUUUUACAGAUAGAACAGCUGCUGGAACAGCAUGAUAACAGGGAGAUCAGAUCACUGCUCUGGGAGAACGAGAUCAUGAGCACCAUGACAGAUGUGAUAAAACAAGAUUUUGAGGGGUUGAGGGUGCCCUGGAGCACGGCUACUAAACUCUGCACUCUCCUAGCUAAGUGCUGCAUGGGCUUCACUCAGUCACAGGAGUUUUCUGGUGUUUUCCUCCCUUUGGUGGUCGAUAGUUUCAUGGAACUAGCCAAUAACAUUCAAGGACUUGUAUCUCCAGACGAGGAAGACUUCAGACAAUGUCUGGAAUGUGUGUUCUGGUUGGUGGACUACUCCCCCUCCUUCGGACAGACCAUCAUUGAGUCCCCGAGACUCCUUACCAUGCUCAUGACUGAGAGCAGUGUGGGUAUAGACAUGUGUUUAUUGAAGUUACUGAGAGUAGUGCUGACCCAAUCUACUGCUGCACGGUACUACAUUGAACGUGAUAAACUUCUGGUGAUAUUUGACGAAGUAAUGCUGAAGAUGACAGAACAAGAUAUUCCGGCACUACAACAGAUUGGAGCUGAUGUCAUCUACCAGGCUGCCAAACGACAUCAACCUUUCAGAAGUAUACUGCUGGAGAACGGAGAAGAGGUUGUGGAUUUGUUGGAGGUUAUCAACACAGCUCCCGGUGCCCACGAUAACAUUAACAUGCUACUCAAGUAUAUUGACAAACUGAGAAGAGAUGAAGCAGAAAAGGCGCGUCUAGACUCCUCUGCCACGAAAAUACAAGCGUUUUACAGAGGUUACGUGACACGGAGGGAGCUGCGCCUCAACUCCCAGCGUAUCAGCAAGUUCCAGCUAAAGUUCAGGGACUGGUUGAAGAAGAAGAAGGAGAGGGAGGAGGAGGAAAAGGAUACAGAGUUAGAAAAAGAGCUGUCAUCGAGAAAGGCACGUGAGAGGAGAAGAACCAGGCUACAAGAAGAGGCGAGCAAGCUCCGUACAAUACCAGCCAGCAAGAUACCAUCGCACCAACAUGAGGUGGCAAGUGCAGCUGCUAGUAAAAUACAGGCCAGCUGGAGAGGUUACAGUGCGAAGAGGGAGGUAGAGAAGAUGAGGAAACACAGAGAACAGACCAGAGCUGCUGUCUCAAUCCAGAGACAGUAUCGUCUUUACAGGACUGGAGCUAGUUACAGUAGCACAGGAUUGUUACCCCCGGGUUUAACUGCAGACAAGGUCAGGGAGCUCAACAGUAAAGUACAAAAGCUUAACCAGCUGGAGGAAGGGGAGCAGAAGGGCGAGGAAGAGCUGGAAAAGCUGGUUUUGAAGUCACAAGAUAUGUAUUUAAAGUACAGGAAGAAUCAGGCUAAUAUUCGGAAGGUUCAAACGAGAAGGGAAAAUCUCUGCCGUCAGAUAUCAGACAGAUUGACGCAGCUAAAGAACGCCCCCACCCUAGAAGACUGCACACCAGAGGAAGCAAAGCUCAUGUCUUGUUGUGACCCUGUGGUACUGGAACAGGCUCGAAAGAACCACAGGAAUGCGGUUACCUCCCUCUCCGAUAACACGAGUGUUGGGUACAAAAGAGACGACAGGUUCAAGUACGAUCUAAUCUCAUCAGCUCUGGAUCUCGAUCUGAAGUUCUCUCCUCUAACUUACAAGAUAAGACAGCUGGACUCUUGAAACUAGCCGCUUUGUCACUAGCCGCUUUGUCACUAGCCGCUUUGUCACUAGCCGCUUUGUCGCUAGCCACUUUGUCACCUUUGUUUCAGAUUUUCAGCUCUUGUAAAGGUAUUUUUAUUGUACAUAAUCAUACGUUUUUAUCUAAGAUAUUUAUUGGUUUAUCAAAGAAUUAUUAUAUGACAGCAUUUUUGAGCAUUUUUCUGGCUUUCAGUAUCGAUAUUUAUCGCUCAUUUCUAUUUUUAUAUUGGCACAGUUUCGAUGCACAAUUGUAAAAAUUAUGCUAUUAUUAUAUGGGGUGGUAAUUUGAAUGAUUUGAUGAGUUUAUAAAUUGACUGACUUAACGUUAUUCCAUUAUUUCAAUUAUUGAAUUAGUUGUGGAUUACCACUUCUGAGUUACUAAUUAAUAUGCCAAUUAUUGGUGUUUUCACAGUUGGUAUGUCUUGACACGUCAGUUUUAUACAUUUUAUAUAGCUGUAGGGUUUGCAGUGCAGAAAAAUGUAUCGUAGUUGGGGCGGUAAUUCGGGCAUUAACAGAUGUCACAAUUAUGUACCUAAUAAAGUCAUAAAGUAUUACGAAUUGUAUUUAUUCAUUUUAUUGCAUAAUAUUGCAUUAUAAAAUUUAACACAUCAUGUAUUGUAUAAAUUUAUAAGACUUUCACAGAAUUCAAAGUCUGCUUUAUUUGAAUAUUAAGAGCAUGACAUUUUUACAGUUCAAAAUAGUGUGUGGAGGUGUGAUAAAAAACGUGUGAACAGUGAAGUGGUCAGUUUGAGCUUAAAAAAGCGGCGGAAUGUCCAAAAUAUGUGAGUAUAUGAAAAUAUGUGAGUAUAGGAGGUGCGUGGAAUUAUUCUAAUUAUAGCCAUCAAGGUAUAAAAUAUCUGCUGUUAGUGGCCGUGCGUGUGGAACUUAACAUUGUUGAGCAAUUUAUAAGAUCUCGUCUGAUCAAGUUUUGUAUUUUAGUUUCUGAUAAAGUCGGAAAAGUCU